GUUGCUUCCUGUUUGCGGUGACGUCGUUAGUGUGACUUUGAUGAAGAAACAUCUUUAACGAGCACCAGAUUAAAACCAGACAUUUACUAUGUUGUCGUCGCUUUUAGCGAGAAGACUGGUGUUUGGGGCAUGCCAGGCAGCAAGGAAACCAGCAGUGACAGGGCUGAUAUCAUCUCAUGGUUACCGUGGUGAUGCUCCGGAUGACACCAGGGGUGACCUGAUCGAGAUCCCUCUGCCCCCUUGGGAAGAAAAACUAGAUGAGCCCAUUAACAUCAAGAGGCGCCGACUGCUCUAUGAGAGUCGUAAGAGGGGCAUGUUGGAAAACUGCAUACUGCUCAGUCUUUUUGCAAAGAAAUACUUGAACACAAUGAGUGAGGCCCAGCUGCAGCAGUAUGACCGACUGAUUAACGAACCAAGCAAUGACUGGGACAUCUACUACUGGGCAACAGAAAUGCAGCCCACACCUGAUGUUUACCAAGGAGAGGUAAUGGAUAUGUUAAAGGAAUUCACAAAGAAUCGCAACCACGAACAGAGGUUAGAUGCUCCCAGUUUGGAGUAUCUGGAAAAAGAAAACCAGUGAAGUCCUGUGAAAAACUGACAAACAAAUCCUUUUAGAACACUGAGUGAAUCAUCAGUGUUGUACUCCACCAGACAUUCUCUGCAAACUUUCAUUUCAUCGUUAAUGUUCCACAGCAGAUAAAAUUGUCCAAAAUAUUGUGCUGUGCAAAGUGGUGGGAAGACUUAUUUUUAUGAAAUACAGUAAACUGGUGAGGGGAAUCCACAACAAAGCCAUAGUCCAUUACUUCACCCGCUAAAUCCAGGCUGAUGACAACAUGUGCAGAACGUGUGACAGUGAAGGGGCUCCAGAAAGCUGAACAUCGCUAUGGGGACAUUAUUGUGAGUUUAUUGAACCAAUGUAGUGCAGAACUGUCAAGUGAUGUAUGCAUGAGUUGCACACUGAAUAACCUUACAGUCACAUUAGCUACAAGUGAAAUGCUGAGCGACGCAACAUGGUGAUUGCCAAUCUGAGUAAAAAUGUAGCGUGACGCCAGUUUGCUUGCUAAAAAAAAAAAAAACACAAGAUGGCAGAAACUGCUGAGAAACAGCUGUAUUUCUGCAUAAAUCCAACAUGUUUAGCAUUUUUCUCAUGUAUUUUGUUAACAUUAGCAAGAAAUUAACACUUCUAAAUCUAAAAUAGCUGUUUUUGUAACCAAAUUUUGAAUUUGAAUUUAUUUAUUUUGGUACACAAACUCGACAAUAACAAAAACUGAUACACAAGACAAUUCCACAGUGACAUGUGUGACCAAAAAGGGGUGAGCAGAAGCAAAGCUUAUAAACACCUCUGAAGGUUUUACAAAACAUCUUAAGGAAAUAUUAGCAUGCUAACUAGGGAUACUAGAAAUUCACAGUGACUGAAACAAAUCAAGUAAAUUUUGGUUUUGUUCAGCAGUCGAGUAUAAAGG